CGGCGCCGUGCGGGCUUCACUCAUGCAAACCCGCUUCUGCCCCAGCCCGGCGCGGGAGAGCGCCGCGCCGCGCCCCGCAUGAAUGACGAAUAUACUCCAUCUGAAGCAUAACAGUACUUGAUUCUGGAAAAGCACGUGAAAGCACCUUUAGCGUUAAAGUCAGGAAGAAGUAUGAAAGAACAGUCUGUCUGAUACUGAAUUUCUGGGCCACAACAUCUUGCAGAGAACAAAAAAUGGCUCUCUCUAAAAACAUUGCUGCAAGUAUCCUUGAAGAAUGGUGUUUGGAGGAACCACUGUUUAGGUGUAGGAGACAUCAGAAUGUCAGGAAAAAACUGAGACUGAUACGAAUAAUAGGUCUUUUCAUGAGUAUAAUGGCCAUUAGCACUUUCUCUCUUUCAAUUAGUGCCUUUUUCAAGAUGGAGCCACAUAGCACAGAGAUGACCAGUAGUCUAGGUAGCCAAAAGUCAAUGCAUGGGCAUCAAAGAACUCUGUUGGAUGUCAAGGAACAAAAUCAAAAUGGCACUCCAGAUUCGCCUAUUUCUAUGAAAUAUGAAACGGAACACAAUAAUGCAACAGAAGAACACUCCAAGGGAGAGUACCCAAAAGACCUUUUUUCUCUUGCAGAAAGAAGAAGGGGGGCAGUAAUCCUCCAUAUCAUGGGAAUGAUUUACAUGUUCAUAGCCUUAGCCAUAGUCUGUGAUGAGUUCUUUGUUCCUUCAUUGACUGUCAUCACUGAGAAGCUAGCCAUAUCUGAUGACGUGGCUGGGGCAACAUUCAUGGCUGCUGGUGGUUCAGCUCCAGAACUCUUCACAUCUUUGAUAGGAGUCUUCAUAUCUCACAGUAAUGUUGGCAUUGGAACAAUAGUAGGAUCUGCAGUAUUCAAUAUCCUGUUUGUUAUUGGAAUGUGUGCUUUAUUUUCUAGAGAGAUCUUGAAUCUUACCUGGUGGCCGCUCUUUAGGGAUGUGUCCUUUUAUAUCAUGGACUUGAUCUUGCUAAUAAUCUUUUUUUUGGAUAAUUUAAUCAUGUGGUGGGAGAGCUUAACACUACUGAUAGCUUAUUUUUGUUAUGUGACUUUCAUGAAAUUCAACGUUCAAGUAGAAGAAUGUGUGAAAAAAAUUUUAAACAGGAACAAAGUUGAGAAGGUAACAACGGCAGAUUCUGAACAAAAGCCAGCUAAUGCUGGGGACAAGGAUGACCAAACACUGACGACCAAGCCACGUCUCCAGCGAGGCGGGAGCUCUGCAUCUCUCCACAACAGUCUAAUGAGAAACAGCAUCUUUCAGCUUAUGAUUCACACACUCGACCCACUUGCCGAAGAGCUUGGAUCAUAUGGAAAACUAAAAUAUUAUGACACAAUGACUGAAGAAGGAAAGUUCAAAGAGAAGGCCUCAAUUCUUCAUAAGAUUGCCAAAAAGAAGUGCCAGGUGGAAGACAGUGAAAGACGGAACGGGGCUGCUAAUCAUGCUGAAAAAAUUGAACUCCCGAAUACUACAAAAGUGGAAGUUGAAGUAACACCACCAAAUGAUGGUUCAGGACCAGUGCAAAAUGGAAACAUUGCCCAUGGAAUUGAAGAGAAUUCAGAGGACGAUGAUGAAGAGCAGCCUCUCAGCCUGGCUUGGCCUGACACCCUACGCAAACAGCUCAUGUACCUUGCUGUUUUCCCCAUUGUUUUUCCAUUGUGGAUUACCCUGCCAGAUGUCAGAAAGCCUUCCUCCAGGAAAUUUUUUCCUGUCACAUUCUUUGGAGCAAUCACUUGGAUAGCAGUUUUUUCUUAUUUAAUGGUCUGGUGGGCACAUCAGGUUGGCGAGACCAUUGGCAUAAGUGAAGAAAUCAUGGGAUUGACUAUAUUAGCUGCAGGCACCUCUAUCCCUGACCUAAUUACCAGUGUUAUUGUGGCACGAAAAGGCCUAGGUGAUAUGGCAGUAUCCAGCUCUGUUGGAAGCAACAUCUUUGACAUAACAGUGGGAAGUGACCCAUUUCAGAGUUGUUUCUGGUGGAAAUACUAUGCCCAGGACUAUGAACAGAGGGUCCAGCACAUUUUGGUUGGUUGAUUGUUCUGAUGUUAUGGCCAUGUUUUCUUUCUAUAUCCCAUGCUUUCAGCACUUUUGCCCCUCAUUAUAUUCCUUGUAUGUAUGUUUAUAUCUCUACAUAACUAUAUCUGCAUAGAGCAUAAAAAUGGAGAAAACAGUAGAUCAAACAGUAAGAAAUAUAUAUUUAUAAAAAAGAAAAAAGUAUAUAUUAUUAAAGUUAAGAUAUUAAUGAACAAAAGCAAGAAAAUUAGGAGUUACAGUUACUACAGAGUCUGUUACUCACUUCUUGUGCCUAGGAUUUAAUACGCAGGUACAGAAUUGCAUACAAAGCCAGAUUCUGCUCUUAAUUACACACCUGCAGUGCCCUUUGCAUUUUUAGUGGCACUUGUGCCUAUGUAACUGUGAGCAGAAGUUUGCCUGGUGUAUUUCAUAUCCCCUAUUGCUCUGAAAUCCCCUUAUCUGUGCUUCAAUCUUACCUACAGUGGUGCCACUGGCACCGCUCACUAUUUUUGUAUAUGGAGACAGUCCUGUGUAAAAGCAGGUGUACAUACUUAUAGUGACCUCAGCAGAAAGCAAUGGAAGUCCUGUGAGGAAAAAAUGCAGGGCCCAAAUUCUGAACUCAGUUACACCAAUAAAAUCCCACUGAUCUCAGGGGGUUUUCACAGCUAUAAGUGAGGGUAGAAGUGGCCCCAACUCUUGUGUGUAUCCCGAGGGAACCACCAAAUCCUUUGUGAUAUCUUAGAUGACAAUACUCACAGUAGCUUUAUCAAACAAAAACAAAGUUUUCAAGUGGCCCCUAGAACUUCUUCCCUAAGAUGAGAGGAAUAAAAAGAGCUGGUGACCACAAAGAAUAUGUGCAGGACUUUGUGAGUGUGUUGAACCUUUAAGUGAGGUGUAUGUGUAAUCAUACACAAUAUACUGAAAUGCACAAACUCACAAGAGGACACGCAUUUUGCUGAAGUUACAAUAAAUAUCUGAAUAGUACCAGAAACAUCUAGCAAGCUGCACUGUGAUGAAAAGUCUCUUCUGCAGUGCUAUGAAACAACUGACAAGACUGUACUUUAAAGCAGACACAUUAUGUUUCAAAUGAGAUUUAAAAUCUUCUUACACUGGAAUAGGUGAGUCACUCCUUCAAGUGAUAUUCUUUCCCUGUUAGAAAAUGACAUUGACCUUGAAUUGCUGGCCCAGGUGGACAUACCACAGGUUCAACGUCUAACAUUUCCUGAAAAGCCUAACAGUUUCCUGCAGCUGUUUUUCCCCUUUAGCCAGGAGGUCUUGGUGCAGGCACAACACUGAAAGGAGAAAUUCAGGGAGGUAGAAAGGAGGGAGACGAGAAAUCUGACAAAAAAUUAUACGUUUUUAAUUCAAAAGAAAGUUAGAAUUGACCAGUAUAAUUAAACAAACUAGUGAAACAUAUUUAUUCAGGCUGAUCUUCCAAGCAUUGCUUAUUCCACAUGUAUGCAGAUUAGGUAUAUGUCAAAUGUUUGCACAGCCACAUGAGAUAUAAAUAGGAUCAGGCAGUCAAAACUAACAGAAAAACUAGCAAGCAAACAGUAGCUACAGAGGUAAAUGUAAUGCAAUGAUGGAUUGCUAUUUAGUAGGAGAUUAUCUUUCAGGCAUGGCACAGAAAUCAUUUUAUAAAGACAGGAAGUAUAUAAUAUUCAGGUAGUUCUAUACCAACAGAGCAGGCUUACAAAGGCAUUUGCCGUUUAGUUUAAAAAAAAAAAAAGUUCAGACACACUAGUUUGACAUUUAAAACAAUAAAACACACAAACCAGAUUUUGAUCUCAGUUCAGUGCACUAAAGCUCUCAGUGUAGUUACCCCACAUUUAGACUAGUGCACCUACCAUCAGAAUCUGUUCUACACUCAGAAGGGGAAAAGCCACCAUUCCUAUUUACAUCUGUAACAGGGGUUGCAAUAGGAGAGCUGUGACGUGCUCUGGAGAGUAAAGUCAUUAGCAGCUGAAUAUGAUACAAUAUUGUGGCAUGGUAGAGAAAGAACAAUAAUUUUUUCAAGAUGGUAUUCAGUGAAAAUGUUUCAGUCCAAUGGUCACAUAGACAAUUCUAAGGACAAUUUUUGAGUAGGCCUAGUGACUGGGAUACUGUAACUGCGUUUGUGUGCUAUGUUAAAAUACCUAACUCAUUCUUUCCCUUUCAAGGAAGUUGGUGGUGUUAGAUUGCCUCUGCCAACACAUUCAUCUUGGAAGGUAUUAAAAGUGAUUCCCUGCCCCUCCCCAAGAAUAACAAAAUGUGCAGCUUCUGCUGCCUUGUGUCUAUCAGGCAAAUCCUUAUUCAAACGAUAAUGCAAAUUUGCAUAGCUCCACUAACUUCAGUGGAACUACGCCAGUUUCUACCAUUUGAGGAUCUGGCUCCAUAUUUGCAAAAUUCUGUUUAGGUCCUACAAGUGUUUGCUAGUUACAGACAACUGUGCUGGGAACUCUGGGGUAGAUAAUUUGGAUGCAUGGAACUGUGGUGCUUGGAGAUACUGCGGUGUCAAGAUGCAAAAAUCUUUGCAGGAACAAACAGUUCAGGCAACAUUAACUGUAGCAUUUUACUGUGAGCCAGUUUAGUUUCCAAAUGCCUGUCUGUAUUCUGCUUGUUUGUUCAAUUGAUCUCACUGUCUACAUAUUCCUAGAGCAUAGUAUUAAAAUACACUGGUGACACAAGUUAUUCAGAUGCUUAUCAAGAGAUCAUAUAUAAUAUCUGUUAUGGUAAUGCACCUACCAUGUAGUGUCCAUAACAUACUCUAAAGAAUGUUGUGGUCACUAUACUUAUAUUAUUGUUAUCACUAUAUGUGAAGAUUUACCAGAAAAUAAGUUACAUAUAUGAUUACCCUGAAUUCUGUAAAGAUCUGAAGUACCUAGAAAUCUUUUUAAAUGGGAUAUUUUUAUGCAGCUAUCAUUUUGCCCACUGUAUCUUUCAAGAAAUAUGGCUGCUGAACAGUGAUUCUGCAAAAUGGCAUUAUGUUAUUCCAUAUUUAUUGUGGCUCAUUGAUUCUAUAACAUGUUUAUUUUCUAACUGUCAGCCCUAAAACUCAGCCUGGGAUCUGAGAUUCAAGCUUCGUUCUUUCUUUCUCAUACAUCAUCACCUGUAAUAAAGUUUCUGCAGGCUAAAUUAGGCUUUCAGUAACAUUUAGGCAACCGCAUUGCCUUCAGUAAUGUUACAUUACACAGGUUGGAUUGGAAUGUAGUAAACACUUGCUGAUGCACAGAAAGGAAUAGAAUCCAACUCACUCAUUAAUAACUGUAUUGGUUGUGCAAGGCUAAUGAGAGUAGAAAAAAAAUGUAAGUACCUUGGAGCUCUGACUUCGGGAAGGUCCAUUAAUAUGCUGUUCGAUAUUAGAAAUAAACAGGCUGGGACAAAUUUUGUUCCAUUAUACCCAUACUGAAAUCACUGGGGAUGCAAAGGUGUAAAUGAGAGCAGAAUUGGACCUAAUAGAUGUAACAAAAAAGAUAAAAUAUUUAUUUGACUAUCGUUAUUUUAUGAAAUGCUGUUUAUUCAUAUAAACAUUGUGAAAAAAAAUUAACAAGGAAUUGGGAAAGACUGAGAUCAUUUUGUUGAGUAAAUUAUGCAUGCUCCCUGAAAGAAGAGUUAGACCCCACUGGUUUUAGAUACUGAGUCUUACUAUGCCGACCAGUUCAAUAUUGUCUGGGUUUGGCCUAAUAUUAUCUUGCUCUUAACUAGUCAGUUCAUUGAAGCUAAUGGAUUUGCAUGAGGGUAUGAAUCAGGAUACACCAUGUCCAGGUGUGAAAUCCAGGCCCCACUGAAAUCAACAGAAAUUUUGUCAUUUAUGUCUGUGAGGCCUGGAUUUUACCCCUGGAAUCUGUGUGGUUUUGACACACAGACAAAACAGAUGUAAUUGUAAUGGGAGUUGUGUGCAUUUAUUGAAGAGAAAAAUAUACAACAUAAAAUAUAUACAUUGGAAAUGCUUCAGGGAGAGUUUAGAGCAUACAGUCAACAGUAAUUACAAAUAGAUGUAAUAGUUUAAACACUUGUAUUUUGGGAAGUUAUUUUCCUUCCCUUGUAAAUAAGAUGAAGCAGUUAAUAAAAUUGAUAGCGUGUGUGUUUUUCUUGGACCAAUUGAUUCUGUUUAAUAUUUUCCAGUUUCCUGGGAAGCUUAAUAUGAGUGAGAUGGGUAGCUUGAGGAAUCGCAAAUAUAUAAAAUAAUUUGAAUAACUUUGGCCUAGAAGUUUUUGGUCCUAAUUUGAGUGCUUAAGGUUGAUUCAAGUUGUUCAUAGGUUUUGCACUGACCUGCUGCACAGGAGUUAAUUUCACUCAUCAAAAUGAUCCUUCUUAAUUUGUUACCGUAAGUACAGAAAUGUCAGUGGAUCGGUCUUAAUCAUUUCUUGUAUGAAUGAAAGCAAGAAGCAGCCACCAAAACGUUCCAGACCAAAGUUAUACAAAGCAUUGUACCCAUAUGACAUAAAUGUAAGACACAGUCCCAUACUCCUUAUGUAGACAAAGCUCGUACUAGGCCUAUUGUGUGUUUGUACUCAUGAUUUCAUGAAGACUAAAUAGCCCUAAACAAGAUGUCCUACAGAAUAAGAAGUUUAUAUAUAUAUAAAUACUGAUGUACAGUAGGUUUACCCACUCCUAACACAUAUAUAUGCUCAUACACACACUAUGUAUAUGAGUUAGGAGUGGGUAACUCUACUGUACAUAAGUAUAGAGUUACAGCAAAUUCUCCCUAUCAUCAAACCAGAGUAACCCAAAUGAAAUUUUUAUGUAUGUUUAAAGAUAUUGCACUUUAUAGUAUUUUAUGUUACAUAAUUUUCUUAGUGUAAAGCAAAGCCAUUUAAACAAAGGCAGCUCAUUUUUGGAUUCUGAAUAUGGGCAUUAAUUUUUAAAUAAAUAAUCUAUUCUGCAUCUCUGUUACAUAAUGUUUAAUAUAAAAUAUUGUUAAGUCAAUCAUCAUAUGUUAGCAAAAUGCUGACACUUUCUUACAAAUACACGACAAUUCUAUCUUCUGAUGAAAAAAAGACAAAACAGGAAUCAAAUGUUAAUGUGGUAAUUAACAAAAUGACCUCAGAUAGGUAGAAUAACACAUAUACGAUGGGCCAUAUUCUACCCUCAGUUACACAAGCACAACUUUAGUAAAGACAAUGAGAUAAGAGAAAGCAGAAUUUGCCCAUAUUCUUAAUAUUUACAGCAUGACUUUAAAAAAUGAUGUGCAUUAUUUUUGCAGCAAGGCAUUUAAUCCUGCAGCAAUCCUGCAGUCCUUGUACACCCAAAACUGGAUGUUUUGGGGUUGCAAAGAAUUAAGUCUCAGGCCUAAUAUCACAAUUAAUUCACAUCACUACUCUAAUAUAUUCCCCAAAUGAAACCUCAGUAAAAUAAGCACCUUGUGUUUUAAGUUUACAGAAACUAAGAUACUUCUAUCACAAUUCCUACAGUAUCUUAAAUUCUCCAGAGUCAAACUAUCUGCUGAAAAGCAACAACUUUGAAAUUAUUGUCAAAAAUAAACAUUGCAGAUGUUACUUUUUUGUUUUCGUUAUCUGGUUUCAGUUCCUCAUAAUGGGCCUACUCCUGCAAUCCUGAAUCCAAUAAGACUACUCACAGGAAUAAGAACUACUUAUGUUAGUAAGGAUUUGCAAGAUCAGCUCCAUAUGUUGUCACUUGAAAAAUUUAGUAGUAUGUUAUAAAUGACAACUAGAUGUUAUUUUUGUAAUAAACUAUUUUUUUUAAAUGCAGCAGUUUUCAAACUCUUUGUUCCUUUAUUUUUAACUUAAAGGAAAAGAAAGCCGGAGCCCUAGCCUUAUUUAUUUAUGUAAAAUAAUCUUUUGUCAUGGAAAACCGACUUGUGUAGCCCCGAGAUAAUUACAGCUUGUGUGUGUGUGUUGAUCAUUAUUCACUGAAUGAAACUGUACUAUAACUCUGCAUUGAUAUAUACUCUGAAUACAAGUUUGUACAUAGUAUGAAAGCUAUAUUUAUUUACACAUAGGUUCUUGGAAAUAAUCCCUUGCUGUCAAAUGUACUACUUCACUAUAACUACAGAACUUUUCACUGUGCUUGUGUACUCUCUUUCACACUAAUGUAUCAUCCUUGUACUACUGAUAAUCAGCUCCUCAUAUAAGUCACUUUAUGUAACUAAGUCUUCUGAGUGUGAAAUAUAAAAAAAGACUUA